GUGGGCAUGGUCGGGGAAGGAGAGGAGUGGUUGCUGAUCUACCAGCUCAGUAAUGAGCCUGAUGCCCGCUCCAUGGAGGUACCGGACCUCAACCCCUUCACCUACUACAGCUUCCGCAUGCGCCAAGUGAAUAUUGUGGGCACCAGCCCACCCAGUCAACCUUCUAGAAAGAUCCAGACCCUCCAGGCACCCCCAGACAUGGCCCCAGCCAAUGUGACUCUACGCACAGCCAGUGAGACCAGCUUGUGGCUCCGAUGGAUG